AUGUCUUCAGCAGCAAACCUAGUCGAGUCGGCCAAAAAGUUGGCUGCCUAUCAGGCAGUCAAUGACCACCUCGAUGCCUCUUACAAGUUUGUUGGAAUUGGCUCUGGUAGCACCGUCGUCUACGUUGUGGACGCCAUUGUCAGCAAGGGACCCGAGUUUUACAGUGGGAUGACUUUUAUCCCUACUGGAAGCCAGUCUAAGGGUCUCAUUCGUGCUGCUGGUUUGAAUCUUGUAAACUUGGAUGAGAGGCCGAUGGUCAAUGGUCUUCCUGUUCCUCUUGACGUUGCCUUUGACGGCGCUGAUGAGGUGGACGAGGAUCUCAAUCUUAUCAAGGGUGGUGGUGCUUGUCUGUUCCAAGAGAAAUUGGUUGCAAUUGCUGCUAAAAAGUUCAUUGCUGUAGCUGCAGAUUACCGAAAGCAAUCUCCCAGGCUCUGUACCACAUGGAAGACCAUUCCUAUCGAGGUUCUUCCGUUAUCCGCACCUGACGUUUUGACCCGUCUUCGAGCCAUGGGCUCUUCCAACCCUGCCAUCCGUUCAGGCCUCCCUGCCAAAGCUGGAGAAUGUGUAACAGACAACGGCAUGUGGCUGAUUGACGCGCCAUUCUCCCCCUUGCUUCUCCUCAAGGAUAUCAAUUCCGAGACCGAGGGUCGCGGAAAAGAUGGUGCCUGGGAAGUCAGCGCUCUUGCCGAGGAAUUGGUCCGCACGCCUGGUAUUGUUGAAAUUGGUCUUUUCCACGGCUUCAAUGGCAACGAAGCUGUCGAGCUGGGCAAGAAAUACCAAGCGCAAAAGCCCAUUGCGGCCUAUUUCGGUCUCGCCAAUGGCGAAGUGCAAGUACAGAACGCCGCCUAA